UCGAAGAAGACAUACCAUUAUUAUUCAGUACCAACCAUAAAGUUUUCCAAUAUAUCGAAACGAUCGAGACCAAAGUUUAAACUAAGAAAACUUCUUCAGCAAAGAACAUGGUGAAGAUUCAUCCCGAUGACAAGGCAUAUCCGGAGGAUUCCAACGUCGGAGAAGACAAGGUUUCGCCGUACUUAACGAAGGAUAAAGAGAGUUUCACGAUUUGGAUGAGAUCUCUUGUGUUUCAUAGCAAAGGCUGCACAGUUUAUGAUUCCAAAGGAAACUUAAUCUAUCGAGUGGAUAAUUAUAACUCCAAGAGUUGCAGUGAAGUUUACCUUAUGGAUUUAUACGGCAGAGCCUUGUUUACAUUACGUCAAAAGAAAUUAAGAUUAUUCAAAUCUUCGGAAGGACAUAACCAAACGGGGACAAGAUUUCGACUAUGUAAGAAUUUCAAGAUUUCGUCAAGAGGUUCAUCUUCGUCAUACAAUGUUAUCAUGGGAUCGCACCGAACUGAUGAUGAUCAACAAUCUUGUUAUAAGAUUGUACACCGUGGAUCGGCUUUCACGAUUGAAGAUGGAUCAGGAAGACUAAUGGCAGAAGUUAAGAAGAAACAAUCGGAUAUCAGAGGUUUGGAUCUUGGAAAAGAUGUGUUGACAAUGAUGGUGGAGCCACAAGUUGAUCAUUCUUUAAUAAUGGGUAUUGUCAUAGCAUAUAGUCUUCUCAAAUGUAAAUUGUGAUCAUUAUUUGGGUGAGAUUAAACUAUUUUGUAAACUUUAGGGUAGUAAGUGAGAAUAUACAAAGAUUUGAGGAGCCAGAUGUUAAUAUAAUUAUUAAGUAA